GUCCCACCCAACACACACACACAUACACACACACACGGGCAGAGAGAGGACUCAACAUGGCUGAAACAGAAGGAAGCGAAAUAACUUCUGGUGGUAUUUUCCAGGAGAUAUUCACCUCCCCGCUGAACCUGACCCUGCUCAGCCUCUGUUUGUUCCUCUUGUACAAAAUCUUCCGCGGGGACAAACCACAGGACUUCGGCGAGGUGGAAAAGCCGCUUCCUAAACUGAAAAAGAGAGAUUUUACCCUCGCAGAGUUGAAGCCCUACGAUGGUAUCCAGGAUCCGAGGAUCCUCAUGGCUGUCAACGGGAAAGUGUUCGACGUGACCAGAGGGAAGAAGUUUUACGGGCCAGACGGGCCGUAUGGAGUGUUUGCAGGCAGAGAUGCGUCCAGAGGUCUGGCUACGUUCUGCCUGGAGAAGGAGGCCCUGAAAGACGAACACGACGACCUGUCGGACCUGAACGCCAUGCAGCAGGAGGGCCUCUCUGAGUGGGAGUCUCAGUUCACCGUGAAGUACGACUACGUCGGCAAGCUCCUCAAACCAGGAGAGGAGCCAGCCGAGUACACAGACGACGAGGAGGGAAAAGACAAAAAGGCCGACUAGAAAAAACGGAGGGGAAAUGAUCGAUGCCUUACUGUUUCCAUUUAUUAUUCCAUUUAUCUCCCAUUUAUCUCACGGCAUUAACAGUUAUAGAUGCUGCGUUCUGUUGUAGAGCUGUAGCGUUGUUAGAGUUUAUCAGUUAACUUCCAGUGGUUUUGAAGGUUGUUGUGGAGAGUCAAGAACUUGGACCAAUCCAAACUGACGGUUCUACGUUACCGGUUGGUUGAGACUAGUCGGUCGUCUGAAGGAGAUCCACAGCUCUGUUGUACACUUUGUUAAUAUCGCUGCUGACGUUCUGCAGGUUGUACACAUUCCUUUCUUCCAAAGUUCGGCUCAGCUCGCGUUGAAAUAAAUGAUCUCAGGAAGUAGUUUGACUCAAAAUUAAAACAUAUGGAGGGUCUGGAGCCAGAGGGCAGAUUUUCAUUUUUUUUUUAACCUGGGUCUUUCCAAAUAAACUUCAGAAAUCAUUUCAAGCGCUCGCCUUUGAGUCCGACCAAAAGCUAGUUUUUGGUUUAGCUAGAAAGUUCCACUGAAGUUAGAUCUCUGUCCAGGGGACUAAUAUCUGUGUCUAGUUUGGGUCAGACUCCGAGACAAGCGUUUGAAAUGAUUCAUGUAAAAUGAAAGUUUAUUUGGAAAGCUUUAGUAGGCUUGCAUUGCCCUGCCACAAUAUAUGUUUUAUGUAGCCUGGGAAAACCCCGACGAACUUCCGGCAAAUUUGAGAUUUGCUCUCUCUGUUACAACCGAGAAGGGUCUGGUGUCAACCAGGCUCUGUUUUAUGGAGAAUAAGACUCCAUUCACACCAAAAUAAGGUGUUGCGGUGAAAACGCCAGUCCUCCCAUCCAUUUCAAUGUGUUUUAGGCGAUGCCGAAAAGUUGAAACCAAAUCAACUUUUGAGGAAAAGCAACUUGACCAAACGGGUAACCUGCGAACAAAACCCAAACGGAGACCCAAAUGGCUGGCGUCUGAUUUGGUGCGAACGCAGCCUGAACACCCAGGCUGAUAAAUCCAGGAAAAUAUCUUUUUAAGAGGGUUGCUGAUGUAAAGAUUAAAGAUGUCAACACAUAAACACUGCUAAACAGAUCUCUUUUGAGCACUUUUUCUUGAUAAACAUUGACUUUAUUUACCAUUUAUAUAAGGUGUGAACUGUCCCCAAUCAAGCCAAGAGGAUGACGACGUACAGAUGGUUUUGUAAACCCAUCCAAUCUUAGGGCUGCUCGAUUAUGGAAAAAAAUAUAUAAUCGCGAUUAUUUCGGUCAAUAUUGAAAUCACGAUAAUUUAACACGGUUACUCGUUGACUUCUGGAAAGAUGCUGCAAUUAUUGAACUUAAAGACAGUGGAAAAAGUUAAAUAAAUCGACGGUAAAAAAAAAAACUUAAUUAUUGCCUUAAUACUUGUCCUUUGUAAACUUUAUUAUUUAAUUCAGAACACAAGAGACCGUAAGAGUUUACUUGCAAAUGUAACGUGCAUAAUGAGCUAAAUAAUUGUUUUUCUCGAUUAUUCUGUUUUUGUGAUCAUUGGGAGCCAAAAUCAUAAUCACGAUUACAUUUUGAUUAAUUGCACAGCCCUAUCCAAUCUAUCCAUCUGCUGUUGUAAAAUCUCCUGUUUGUUGAUACGUCUGUCUGAUUUGAUAAAUGUGGAUUUCUUUUGAGCCACUUCACCACUUUUUUAACUAAUACUGAGAUUUCUUUUUUUUUUGGCCGAUUUUCUGAGUGUAAUACAAUGACAAUCCAGGUUGUUUGCUGCAGAUCCUAACUGUGUAAUCCAUUAACCGUUGAAGUCAUUUAUCAAGCAAAAAAUAUUUACCAUUCUCUGGUUUAAGCUUCUCAAAUAAUACAAUGUUUUGCUUUUCUUUGCUUUACACAUUCAUAAUGUGAAUUCCUUUCAGAUUUGUUUUUCGACUCUCGGUCGAACACAUAAUGUGCAGUGGUUUCUCGGAUGCAGAAAAUGAUAAAAUAUGAAGUCCUCACUUGCAUGCAGUACUGUUUGUAGUGCUCACAACUGUAGUUCAUUACAUGGUGCAAACGAAACGUGUCCAAAAGUUCAAAGUACAAGAGAAAUGGCUUCAUUUAGGAAAACACUACAAAGGCUAUGUGUGCAUUCUUUUUGAUACUAAAAUGAUGGAAAAGAAUCAUUUAUUAUGAGGCCUCUGUUGUUUUCAUAUUCUUGUCAACUAGAUAAUUAAAAGCUGAGAUUGCCACUCAGAGCAUUUCUUUCAGCUAUAUUUUACAGUUCGUGUUCCCAGGCUGCAAAUAAUAAUAAACCAGGAACUUUUUUUUUUUCACCCACAAAUGUGUCUGUGAAGUGCUGCAGAAACUUUGUUUGCAAGAAAAUAUUGUUAAUUUGUAAUCCUCAAGUUAUACGGAAGAAGUUAGUUUUAAUGUUAAAUGUGUUUAAUUGUCUGUUCAUAUUUUUUUUCUUUCCCACCAUCGUCCACCAGAUCCACUGGACACUUUUCAUUAAAAACACAUUCAAUGAGGGAAUAUUUUCAGUAUGCAUGUACAUACAUGAACUAAAUGUCAAUUUUGAUUAAAUAAAGAAAACUCCAAAAUGAA